UGAAGUACUCUGGAUACUUGGAAGGCUCAGAUGAGCCCUUCUGCACCAACGGCAACAGCAAGUUCCCUGAGCUGAUGAAGCUUGGCAAAGACAUCACACUGUUGGGCCUGGAGAUCAGCCUGCUGACCAUGAGGAAGGGAGAGGCAGCCAGGUUUGUCUUCAGCCCUAAGUAUGCCUACGGGCCACAGGGCUGCCCCCCUCUCAUCCCCCCCGAGGCCACGGUGCUGUUUGAGGUGGAGCUGCUGGACUUCCUCGACUCGGCCGACUCCGACGCCUUCUUCGAGCUGUCUGCUGAGCAGCAGGAUACAUUUCCACUACAAAAGGUGCUGGAAGUGGCAGACACAGAGAGACAGUUUGGCAACUACCUCUACCAGAAGCACAACUUUCAGGCUGCCAAAGACAGAUACAAAAGGGCAUUCUCCAUCCUUGGUCGCAGCCCUUCCAGUGAGGCAGAGAGGUGUCAGAUCAACACUUCCAAGCUGCUGGUGCUCUUGAAUCUCUCAAUUACUUACUUGAAACUGGAGCGUCCUGCCCGAGCUUUGGCAUACGGGGAGAAGGCCUUGGAGAUUGACCAAAGAAAUGCCAAAGCCCUGUUCAGGUGUGGCCAGGCUUGUCUCUGCAUGACACAGUACGACAGAGCCCGGGAGUUCCUGCUCCGAGCUCAGCACAUCGCGCCCUUCAACCCCGAUGUUAACCAGGAGCUGAAGAAGCUGGCAAGCUCCUACAAGGACUACAUGGAAAAGGAGAAAGAACUGUGCUGCCGAAUGUUUGCCUCUCUCAACACUGCUUCUGGCUGCCAGUAA